AUGGAUGUGUUUCUUUAUGAUCUAGAUCAGGCUUACAGAACAGGUCAACUCCCGACAGAUAACAACUCACUUUUACGUUAUCUUGAUUAUGCUACCAUUGAACAACAUAGUUCAAUGACUGCUGCAAGCAUGUUUUGGUCAGAUGCACUUCGAGCUUGUAAAAUCGAUCACUCAUUACCCUUACCAUUUGAUCGAUAUCGUCUUUCGGAUGAACAUCGAACAGGUCGUGGAACAUGUAUCUCUUUCGAUUUUGGUGAAGAUCUUUCGCGAGCUCUUAUCACUUAUUCAUCAUCAAAUGACAUAACACCACGACAGCUGACACUUGCUAUUUAUUAUGUUUUCUUGUUUAAAUUGACUAAUGGAGAAAGUGAUUUAUGCAUUGGAAUGAACACAAAUGAAAGAUAUAAAGAAGAGUUGAUGUUAGUGAUUGGAACGUUUGUUAAUGCUAUUCCUUUGCGAUGCCAACUAGAUCCUCAUUGGUCUUUCUCUCAAUUAAGUCAUGAUGUUAAAGAGAUAAUUACAAAUAGUUUGAAGCAUUCUUAUUUUCCUCUUCAACGGAUCCUAACUCAACAUUCCAAUGUCGCAAAACCUGCAUUUCUUCAGACAUCAUUUGAAUUUCUACCAUAUACUGCUACAAGUAGCAAGAAAGAAGUCAUGAUUGGAAAUGCUCGAUUUGUUGGUGCACCCUUUUCAAUCGACAUUGGCGAAGAUGAAGUACUGAGCAAACUCGAUUUCACCCUUACUAUACAACAUGAUAUGGAUAGUAAUCAACUUUCAUGCGAACGUUGCUCUGCAAAACUUAUUAAGUUAUUAGAGAGUAAUAUAGACGAAAGAUGCCAUAUAUGGAAUUUAUGUGGUCCAGCUGAAACAACCCUACAAUCUAUAUUCCAUCGAGUGAACUCAAAGGCAGACAAAGAGAUUAUUCCACUUGGUGUACCACUUCCUAAUUAUCAUUGUAAAAUUCAAGAUGAUUUUGCGCAGCUUGUGAUAGUAAAUCAAGAAGCAGAAGUUUUAAUAGCCGGAGUAGGCAUCUUCGCUGCAUAUCUUGGCCGUCAUGAUCUGACAGCAAAGGCCCUUGUUGAAAUUGAUGGUGAAAUAUUUUAUCGAACAGGUGAUCUUGUUAGAAUCGAUCACAACGGUCUUCUUUAUUAUCACGGAAGAAAAGAUCAUCAAAUCAAGCUACAUGGACAACGUAUUGAGCUUGGAGAAAUCGAACAAUGUUUACUAAAGACAUCAAUUUCAGCUUGUGUUGUUAUCAAAUGGGGUGAUGAUCAUUUGAUUGCUUAUGUUCAAAGCUGUGAUGUCGAUACAGAACAACUCCAUCAACAUUGCCAAUCUCAUCUUCCACCUCAUAUGAUUCCAUCGAUGUUUCUCGUAAUGGAGAAACUUCCUACAAAUGCAAACGGAAAAAUAGACCGAAAACUUCUUCCAAUACCUGACUUUUCGCUGUUGACAAACAUCGAUCAUACUAAUUUGAUGCCGUUAACGCCCUUGGAAGAACAUCUACAGCGCAUAUUUAGUCAGGCAUUUCACAGUAAGUCACCAAAUAUGAAUAUACCGUUUCGACAAUUAGGCGGUACAUCACUUGAUGCUAUACGAGCGCUAGUGCUCAUUCGACAAGAAAUAUGUACAAAGGUUGAUGCUGGUCUCUUAUUUGCGAAUCCAUCGAUUCGACAACUUGCACGAGUCAUUGAACCAUUAUUGAUCACAUAUGAUGAAUCAUCAGCCACAACUACUGCUCUGCAAUUGCAAGAAGAUCAAGAUCGAUCAAUACCAUCAUUGUUUUGGUUGAUCUGGACAUUAAUAAGUUUUUCUAUGGCCUUAGUUUUAUUAAAGUUUAUUGUAGGAACUAUCACUUCAGGAUAUUAUUCAAUCAAUUCUUAUGAUUACUUGCACAAAUUGUGGUUACGUCAAUUAAUUAUAACAUCAUUUCAUCACGCAUUAGGUUUUCUACCAUCAUACAAUAUUCUUUCAUCUUUCAUUUUACGAUGGUUAGGUGCUCAUAUUGAAGACAAUGUCAAACUUGCUGAAUUUCAACAAAUAUUACGUUUUCCAUCAAAUCUGCUCAAUAUAGAGCAUGGUGUGACAACAUUUGGUAGAGCUAGUCUCACAUCAUUCACCAUGACCAAAGAGGGUCUUUGUUAUGUUGAUGAAAUAUAUCUUGGUUCAGAUACGAAUCUUGGUAAUGGAUGUACAAUUAUGCCAGGAACAACACUUCCUUCCAAAAUAAUCGUUGGAAGUCUAACGUUGGUUACACAAAAAUACACUAGUGCACAAAGUAAUUGUGUAUUACUCGGUAUUCCAGCUCGUGAAAUGCCCUUUGUAAUCCCUGAUGAUACAUCUGUCAUAAAUGAUUUAUCAUCUUUGAACUCUUCAUCUAUCUAUAGUCUAUUGUUCGUCUGUCUUAGUUUCUUUAUAAGCAAGUAUUUAUUCAUUGCUUUGUAUUUAUCAUCACCAGUUGCUGUUGCACUAUUUAUUCAUGCAAUACUUUUUUGUGCAAUCUACCAGUAUUCGAUCUUGAUUACAAAAAGACGCUCACACUUCACGUAUUCAGAGGUUAUUACUCAUCAACAAUACUUUCUCUUUAAAUUGAUGAGUGAGUUUUCUACUUUUAUCGGACCAUAUCUAUCAGGAACACAACUUCUUCCUUUCCUUUUUCGUAUGCUUGGUGCUCAAAUUGGAUCUGAUGUAAUUCUGCCUGACAUUCGUUGUAUUACUGAUCCACAUCUUGUAAAUAUUGGUGAUUAUGUUCGCCUGAAUAUGGGUGCUUAUAUACAAGCUCAUACAUUCGAACAACGUAUAUUGAAAUUGGCACCAAUUACUGUAAAUCAUCGUAGCGUGCUGAUGUCUAAUACAUUAAUACUUCCUGGAGCAACACUCCAAGGACAAAAUCAUAUCUUACCAUGGACACUUGUGAUGAAAGAUGAUCAAUUGCCACCUAACACAAAGUGGUCUGGUGUACCUGCUAAACAAGUUCCCUAA